ACACACACACACACACACAUAGACCGUGUGACCCACUGCGCAGACCAUCUUUCCACACACUGCGCUGGUCGGCACACGAGGGAUACCUACGGGCACCCACUCCUUCUUUGGUUGGGAGAAGGCGAAGCGCUACUCAACCGAGUAUGAGCGUGUCGAGACGCGAGUGCAUCACGAGGUAUUAGUGCCUUCCGUAAAGAUGAACAAACAAUGUACAAACGGCGUAUACCAGGUACUGCUGCUAGCAGUAUUGCCUGGAUAGGUUUUCUUUCAUCCGAAAACCCCCUUUUUGUCACCCCUUUUCUUUCUUCCUCCCUCGUCGCUUGUCUGGCAAACGAAAGUGGACAGCUUGAUUUCUCACAAUCGUUGCGUACUUUUCUCGAAGUUAUUUAUCACGGCCUCAGUUCUCACCAGAAACUUGCAACAACAUUCCAUCGCAAUACACAUCCUCUGCUUAUUCAUCUCGCUCAAGAGAGGCUUGUCUUUUACAACAAGAUGUCUGCUCCUUUGGACAGUGUGGUGAGGGACAUCACGAAGCAGCUCGAUGAGGGAAAAAUCACCAAGGAAACCUAUGUCAAAUUGUUGACGGAGGCUACAGCGCAGGUCAACACGAAAACCCUGGACGCCACUACGUACCUCGCGGAACAGGCGGAGCUUCAGUACAACCCUUGGAUGCGGAUUAUAAAGGAAGCGGAAUCCUGGUGGCAGGACGUGGAAGAGCUAACCGACGCGCAGAUGAAAGAGCGAUUCAUCGCUCUGGCAAGACAGAAGCGCCUUCCACCGACGGUUGUCCUCGUUUGCCUCUACACUCUCUUCACACCGGAUAAGGAGUACGGCCGGGUGUGUCUGAUGAAACUCCUGCUCUUUGGCCCACAUAAUAAGACGAUGCAGUACCACAAUUAUCAAAUUUACAAGAGUCUGCACUCACAGGAGCGACGCCUAUUUGGCGAAAUCCUCGAAAACUGCCCUAUGCCACUCUUCCCACCGUAUUCGGAAAUCGCAAACCUCAACGAAGACGUGCGAGACAUUGUCAGCCAUGGUAAACUGACUGGCGGGAGCGAGAUGAACGAAGAGGAAUCGCCGUUUAAGGCUUUAUACGCGACCACCACCUUUGAUCUCCUAGAAGGGGGCAGUUACGCAGAGCCAAUCUACAACGCCCAGGGUGAACAAAUUGCGGCAAUGGACAUGUCGCAAACUGAAAACAUUCUUGCCCAAGUCACCGGUGGCCUCAAACAACUAACCACCAUGCUAAGCCAGCACACAGCGUACGAUGGAAAUAGGGGGCGCGGACGAGGACGUGGCCAGCGGUACGGACGAGGCUACUCUACCUACCGUGGCCGUGGGGGCAACGGACCGUGGGGAUACGGAGGUGGCGUUGCCCCGAACGAAGCGUCGCCAAAAAACUGA